AUGCAAAUGUAACACAUUUUUGGUUUGCAUUGUCUUUGUUUCUCUUCCUGCAGUAUGUGGCCUUGGCCUCGCUGUUCUUCAUCCUUCUCUCGAUCUCCACCUUCUGCUUGGAGACCCAUGAGGCUUUCAACACCAUCUACAACAAAACAGAGAAUGUCACUACAGGCAACAUAACACAUGAGGAGAUUGUGUAUGAAGUUGUGACAGAUGGCUGGCUGACAUAUGUGGAGGGUGUCUGUGUCAUCUGGUUCACCAUUGAGGUGGUGGCCCGGGUCAUCUUUUGCCCUGACAAGGCAGAGUUCUUCCGUAGCACCCUUAACAUCAUAGACUUUGUGGCUAUUGUUCCCUUUUACCUGGAGGUAGCACUUAGUGGCCUAUCCUCUAAAACAGCCAAAGAUGUGUUGAGCUUUCUACGUGUGGUACGUUUUGUCCGUAUCCUGCGUAUAUUCAAGCUAACCCGCCAUUUUGUCGGUUUACGGGUUUUGGGCCACACUUUGCGGGCAAGUACCAAUGAGUUCUUGUUGCUAAUCAUUUUCCUGGCGCUGGGCGUCCUCAUCUUUGCUACUAUGAUCUACUAUGCUGAACGUAUUGGAGCUGACCCUAAGGAUCCAACUGCUGCAGCCCACACCAACUUUAAGAACAUUCCCAUUGGUUUCUGGUGGGCUGUGGUGACAAUGACUACUCUUGGAUAUGGAGAUAUGUACCCGGAAACAUGGUCGGGAAUGCUAGUGGGUGCCCUAUGUGCCUUGGCUGGUGUGCUAACCAUUGCUAUGCCUGUGCCUGUUAUUGUCAACAACUUUGGGAUGUACUACUCGCUGGCCAUGGCAAAGCAGAAGCUUCCAAAGAAAAGGAACAAGCACAUCCCAAGAGCGCCACAGCCAGGAAGUCCUAAUUACUGCAAGCCAGAUGCUCUGGCAAUGGCAACUGCUUCUCCACAUAGGUUAAUGGGCAAUGUAAUUGGGCCAGGCUUGGUGGAAUCUGGAAGCAUGAUAGGUACUGGAGACUGUCCAUUGGCACAGGAAGAGAUCAUUGAAAUAAACAGAGCAGACUCUAAGCAGAAUGGUGAUGCAGCUGCCAAUGCAGCAGCUUUGGCCAAUGAGGACUGUCCUACCAUCGAUCAGGUUCUUGGGGAUGAGCGUAGUCCAGUCACUGGAGGACUUGGCUCUAACACCAGCCGUGAACGGUACCCACACGACCGUGCCUGCUUUCUUCUGAGUGCUGGGGAGUUUCAGCGAACCACAGAUGGGAACGUUCGGAAAGUGCUGAGCUUCUAACUCAACCAACACUUUCUCAUCAUGAAGAGGACAACAGUAAAUAUCUCAAGUGCUGCUGUUCGACUUUUUCCCUAAUAUGUUCAGUGCAGAAACUGAAAAAUUAUCAAGGUGAAAAAACGGAGUUUUACUUUCUCACUAUUUCCAUUAUCAUAUUCUACAGAAAAGAGGUAUGAGCCCUUCAAAUCCUUCCUCCACUUUUGAAGCAAACGAAGCACAGAAGAAGCUUCACAAAUGAAUAUCAUGAGUGUUGGGUCUGGAGGUCACUAUUUCCACAGCUCCAUAUAAUUAUUGCUUUACAGAUGACAUAUUUUGUUUGAAGGAUCUCCAGUCAUAUCUUUUUUUUCUGUAGCUGUUAGAUCAGUUCAGCUCUACUGAGGACAAUAAAAACUGAACUAAGCUUCCUACUGCUCCACUCCCUACUGAUCUGUACUCAGCUACCGGACCUAGAAGAAAACACUGAAGUCUAGUAGAUUUCAGAAAAUACAAGCCAUCUCUCCAAUCUUGCAGUGCAUUUUGAAUGUGUUCAUGACAUGUCCCUAAAGUCCUAAUAUUCUCCAUUUUCA